AUGGCUGCAGAGAACCCCAUGGAAAGUCUCCAGGAGGAAGCUACAUGUCCCAUUUGUCUGGACUAUUUUAAGGACCCAGUGAUUACAAACUGUGGGCACAAUUUCUGCCAAGUCUGCAUCAGCCAGUGCUGGGAGGGAUCCGAUAGAGACAUCUCCUGCCCUCAGUGCAGGAAAACUGUGCAAGAGAGAAACCUCAGGCCAAACAGGCAGCUGGCAAACAUGGUAGAAAUCGCCAGUCGGCUGAGUUUACAGGCAAAUAAGGCAGCGAAGGGAGCAGGAGGUGAUGGGGUGUGUGGGGAACAUCAGGAAGCUCUGAAACUGUUCUGUAAAGAGGAUGAAACUUCAAUCUGUCUGGUUUGCCAUCUGUCCCAGGCGCACAGAGCUCACAUGGUGGUUCCCGUAGAGGAAGCUGCCCAGGAGUACAAGGAAAAACUUCAGGCCCAUUUGAAGACUCUGAGAGAAGAGAGAGAAAAGCUGCUGGAAUUAAAAGAGACUGGAGAAGCGAAAAGCUGGGAAUAUCUGAUACAGACACAAACCAAGAGGCAGAAAAUUGUGUCUGAAUUUCAGCAACUGCGGCAGUUCCUGGAGGAACAAGAGCGACACCUGCUGGGCCAGCUGGAGAAGCUGGAUGAGGAGAUUGUGAGGAUCCAGAAUGAAAAUAUCAGUAAAUUCGCCAAGGAGAUUUCCUGUCUCAGUGAGCUGAUCAGUGAGCUGGAGGGGAAGUGUCAGAAGCCAGCGAGUGAAUUCCUGCAGGAUAUUAGAAGAACUUUGAGCAGGUGUGAGAAGGGAACGUUCCAGCAGCCAGAGGAGAUUUCUCCUGAAUUGGAAGAGCAAGUCAGUGGUUACUUCCAGAAAACUAUUGCAUUAUUGGAGACUCUGAGGAAGUUCAAAGACACUCUGCCCUCUGAAUUGGAGAUAAAAAGAAGAGAACCACUUGGAGCACACAGACAGGUGAAUGUGACUCUGGAUCCAGACACAGCUCAUCCUGACCUUGUCCUCUCUGCGGAUUGGAAAAGUGUGAGAUGGGAAUACAAAUGGCAGGAUCUGCCCGACACCCCUGAGAGAUUUGACACUGCGCUGUGUGUGCUGGGCUGUGAGGGAUUCACCUCGGGGAGAUAUUGCUGGGAGGUGGAGGUGGGGGAUGGGGAACGCUGGGCUGUGGGGGUGGCCAGAGAGUCUGUGGGGAGGAAGGGAGAGAUCAGCCGUAGCCCUGAGGGGGGGAUCUGGGCUGUGGAGCGGUGGUGGGGUCAGUUCCGGGCUCUCACCUCCCCUGAGACCCCCCUGCCCCUGAGCCGGGCCCCCAGCAGCAUCCGGGUUUGUCUGGACUGUGACUGGGGGCAGGUGACAUUUAUAGAUGCUGGUGACGAGGCCCCGAUCUUCACUUUCCCGCCGGGCUCCAUCCCCGGGGAGAGAAUCCGACCCUGGUUCUGGGUGGGGCUGGGAUCCCAGCUCAGCCUGUGUCCCUGAGACAUGGUGG